CCCACCCCAUCCCCGUAGGCCAAAGCAGGAAGGAGGUGGGGCAUCCCCAGCAGUGGCCUGGAGGUAUCAGUUCUGGGAGCUUUCCUAAAGCAAGGCUGGUGAGAGGAAUGGACCCCUGGCACCACGACCCCAGAGACCCCCUGGAGAAGAUAAGUCCUUGAAUCUUCUUCCUCCUCUUCCCAAGCCUGUGCUAUGCUUCAGGGCGGAGACUCUGCUACCUCUGUUUCCAAGUGGAAGGAGGGGAGGAGGACUCCUGGUAUGACUUGGGGGUCUUUCAAAAUAAGGUCUAUCCCCAGGCUCCCUGCCACGCAGAAGCCUGCUUCCUCUCUUGGUUCCGUGACCAGAAUCUGCACCCUGAAGAGCAUUACCGUGUCACCUGGUUCUUAUCCUGGAGCCCCUGCCCGACCUGUGCAGAGGAUGUGGUUGAGUUCCUGGAGGAAUACAGGAACGUCACGCUGAGCAUCUAUACCGCCCGCCUCUACUACUUCUGCGACCCAGAUUUCCAGGAAGGGCCACAAGCAGGGGUCCAUCUGGACAUCAUGUCCUUUGAAGAUUAUGAAUACUGUUGGGAAACCUUUGUGGACCACAAGGGGAUGCGCUACCAGCGUUGAGAUCUAUUAAGAGAUAAUGAUUUGCUGGCCGCAGAGCUCGAGAAUAUUCUUGGUCCCUCAGGCUUCCCGCUUCCCUCCUGCACAUCCCUCAAGACUUCCCUCUGUCCCCUCCUGGCCCUCAUCGCCCAGACUCAGACAGGUGCAGGGAUGAAGGCUCUGCUGAGGCUCUUGGACCAGAAGCUCCCGGCCACACCCGCCCCUGUUGUGUGCAAGUGCGUGCAGGGGUUCCCCCAGCUGGUCCAGGGGAGCCUGGGCCAGGCCCUGCCCCUGCUGGCUGCCGAGGGGCUGGACGAGGGCACCUUCACCGACAACUUCCACAAUGAAAUCUGGGCGUCCAGGACCUAUCUGUGCUAUGAGGUCGAGCAUCCCGGUCAGGGAUCCGGGAUUCCUCCGGGCCAGGACAAGGGUGUCCUACGCAAUAAGAGUGACCCGGACCCCAUGCUCUCGCGCCAUGCGGAGUCCUUCCUGCUGGAGCGGAUCCAGUCCUGGAAACUGAACCCGGAACACCAGUACAGGGUCACCUGCUUUCUCUCCUGGAGCCCCUGUGCUGAUUGUGCCCAGCGUAUGGCUGAGUUUCUGGGGGACAAUAGGCACGUGAGCCUGAACCUCUAUGCCUCCCGCAUCUACAGCCUGGGACAGUAUGAGCAGGGGCUGCGCACCCUGAAGAGGGCUGGGGCCAGCAUCGCCAUCAUGACCGCCAGGGAGUUUGAACACUGCUGGGACACCUUCGUGCUCCACGAGGGAAGAAGCUUCCAGCCCUGGGAGGGUCUGGACAAGGAGAGUCAGAAAUUCUCUGAGACCCUGCAGAGCAUUCUCCAGAAGGCCAGAGGAAAUCCCCAGGAACUGGAGGCCGACAAGUCGGUCCACUUGGACAGACGUCCGUGUGAGAUGCUGUUUGGAGCCCCUCUCCGCCUGGAGGCUGAGAGAGGCCCCUGGGGACCCCCACCCCGCCCCCAGCCCUGCUGCAUCUGGGGCUCCUGGUCCUGUUGCCUGGUGGGACUCCACCCGGGGGCAGCUCUGUCUCAGAGAAAGAGAGAUAUUGGGUCUGAGCCCAAGGAAGUGCAGCCACUGGAGGGCCCUCCCACCCUACCCCACCCCAUCCCCGUAGGCCAAAGCAGGAAGGAGGUGGGGCAUCCCCAGCAGUGGCCUGGAGGUAUCAGUUCUGGGAGCUUUCCUAAAGCAAGGCUGGUGAGAGGAAUGGACCCCUGGCACCACGACCCCAGAGACCCCCUGGAGAAGAUAAGUCCUGGAACCUUCUUCUUCCACUUCCCAAGCCUGUGCUAUGCUUCAGGGCGGAGACUCUGCUACCUCUGUUUCCAAGUGGAAGUAGAGGGGGAGGAGGACUCCUGGUAUGACUUGGGGGUCUUUCAAAACAAGGUCUAUCCCCAGGCUCCCUGCCACGCAGAAGCCUGCUUCCUCUCUUGGUUCCGUGACCAGAAUCUGCACCCUGAAGAGCAUUACCGUGUCACCUGGUUCUUAUCCUGGAGCCCCUGCCCGACCUGUGCAGAGGAUGUGGUUGAGUUCCUGGAGGAAUACAGGAACGUCACGCUGAGCAUCUAUACCGCCCGCCUCUACUACUUCUGGCACCCAGAUUUCCAGGACGGGCUCCACAAGCUGUGGUGUGCAGGGGUUCAUCUGGACAUCAUGUCCUUUGAAGAUUAUGAAUACUGUUGGGAAACCUUUGUGGACCACAAGGGGAUGCCCUUCCAGCGUUGGGAUCUAUUAAGAGAUAAUGAUUUGCUGGCCGAAGAGCUCGAGAAUAUUCUUGGAAACAAGGCCAGUGAGAAGAAUGGAGCCCUAGUGCCCCAGACAAAGGGCAGGGCUGGGAUAAGCCCGCUCAGGAGAGGCAGCGGCAGAGGCACCCCCAAGGUCAGAAGCACAAUGAAACUACAACGAGAAAUAUUCUACCAUCAGUUCGGCAACCAGCCCCGGGCCCCAAAGCCCUUCCACCGUAGGAAGACCUAUCUGUGCUACCAGCUGAAGCCACAUGAGGGCCCCAUAAAGCCCCCAGUCUGCCUCCAAAACAAGAAAAAGCGCCAUGCAGAAAUCCGCUUUAUUGACAAUAUCAGGGCACUGCUGCGGCUGGACCGGUCCCAGAGAUUUGAAAUCACCUGCUACCUGACGUGGAGCCCCUGCCCCACCUGUGCGGCGGAACUGGCUGUGUUUGUCCAAGACCAUCCCCACAUCCGCCUGCGGCUCUUUGCCUCCCGCCUGUAUUUCCACUGGCGCUGGAAGCAUCAGGAGGGGCUGAAGCUUCUGCAUAAAUCUGGGAUCCCAGUGGCCGUCAUGAGACUCCGGGAGUUUGAGGACUGUUGGAGCAAUUUUGUGGACAGCCAGGGCGAGCCUUUCCAGCCCUGGAACAAGCUGGCACAGUACAGUGAAAGCAUAACUCGUCGGCUUCAGAGGAUCCUUGAGCACCCCCGGAAUAAUUUAGAGAAUAACUUCAGAAAUUUGCACAUUUGAGAACCAUCAAUCCCCUACCACAUUCCUGGAGCAACUCAGUGCUUCACAAACUGCUGAUUUUAGCAGCAACUUGUGAGUUCCACGGGCACACCUGAGCCUCCCCCGAGUCCGGAAAACCUUCCUUUCCUCCUUCGUUCUUUUGUUUGUUUGUUUCUUUUUUUUUUUUUUUUUUAAUAAGUGGGUAUGUAUUUUUAUAACUGAAAAAAUAAACAUAAUUUUUAAGUCCAUAAAAGUUGGGUUCCUUUCUAAAAGGGAAAUAAGGACUGGUCCCCAUAAAAAAAAUGAAUACAAAGGCCUUUUUAUCCUACUGCACCAAGAAAAAAAAAAUGUGUUUGAGAAUUCCCUCUGGAAUCUAGAACAGUUGGGUCAUGUUGUCAUCCCAAUAUUCUCUGUUCCUUCUCAGUAUCUACUGUGUGUCUAAAUAAAUAAGAUGAAACUGUUGAGGGCAUGCAGUUGCUCACUGAACUGAAUAAAACCAGUUGGAACAGUGUUAUUUGGUGUUCUCCAUUGAAGCAAUAAAGCCCCAACACCAGCUGAUUAAAACAAGAAAAAAGGGGGC